AUGAAUUCUACAGACUCCUCCCUUGAGAGCUCCUCCGACAACACCAAGCCCUCCAGUGAAUCCUCUGUCGAUGAGCCGUGCCAAUGCAGCUUUGGGCCUGGCUGUAAUCCGCAGUCAAUUGCAUUGCCAGAGUCGGCCGAUAGCGAAGAUUCCUACCAAGAUGCACUGUCUCGACUCAGCUCCGAUAAUGCAAGCCAGAUUAUUACCGUCCAACCCGUUCGUCGCUUUUCGCGGUGGAUGUCUUCUCUCCGUCGACGGACAAUCCAAAGGCACAUUAUAGCUGCUGAUACGCCGGCUUUUCUCGUUGACCUCAAUGGAAGACCACAACUUUUUCACCGAGAUUCUUCAUCUGGUUCCUCUUUUGGUUUCGUGACCGGUGUCAAGAGUGCCACUGUCAGCAUCUCGAGCACAAGGAUCGCCCGAUCUACUGGUCGGUCCAUACGGACGCCACUGGGAAGAUCCUCCGAAGAGAGCACGGGCCGCAUCACCCCAACAGACAGGUUUUCCAUCGACAGAGCUCUUCGUCGACGACGCAUACUGGAGGAACUCAUUCAGACUGAAGAGAGCUAUAUUGGCGAUAUCCGGCUGCUGAUGAAUGUGUACGUGACGACGUUUGCUGCCUGUCCCGACCACGAUUCGCUUCGGCUAGCCAUACACCAGAAUCUGUCCGAAAUCUUGCGACUUCAUGACGAGAUUCUAGGGGAGCUUCAUCGCGCGGUUCCGUAUUCUGAGUACUCGUAUGCCGAUACGGGGCCCAAGGGCCACCGACGAUGGACAAGUGUCGACCAAGGGCGACCAGAUAUGCUAGCGGAGCCCCAGACUGCCGCUCAAGUCGCCAAAAUCUUUUCUCAAAAGGUCAAACGAUUUUUCGUAUAUGAGGAAUACGGUGCACGACACGAAAAAAUGGUGCAGAGCUUACCAGACGCAAGCGAAAGCCGCCGAGGCAUCGAGGCUCUGGCAUCUACGCUGCAUCCCAUCAGACAAUACGGAACACGAAAAUCUUAUACUCUUCAUGAUUUGAUGAUAAAACCCAUCCAACGCGUCUGUCGAUACCCUUUGCUGUUUGCAGAGCUCCUCAAGAACACACCUGUGUGUGACUGUCCAAAUUCUCACAUGGAGGUCGAAGGCUCCCUAAUUCGCUUGCGCGAAGCUACCUCCAUCAUCAACAAAGCGACUGAUGAUGCAAACACCAAGGCUCGGCUGGAGCAGACCUGGAUCUUGCAAGACAGACUUGCCUUUCCUGGAAGGAAACUCGAUUCGUCUUCGAAGAGCCAAAUUCGUUCAUUCGGGCAGAUUCGGCUGUGCGGAGUGCUGCAUGUUUGUUGGCAAGGCCCUCGGUCUAUUGAUGGCAUGUACAUGAUAUGUCUGCUUUACAGAGAUGUGUUUUGUAUAGCCACUGCCGGAAAGGUGGAGGCCGUUUAUGAUAUCAAAGCUUGUAUCAAUAUUCACAAAGCUAAAUUGGAAGAGACAGACGAUGGAAGAGGCUUGCAAUGCCAUACCGCACCCUUUUCGUGGAAAAUAGUCUUUGAAUGCGAUCACCAAUUAUACGAGCUCAUCAUGACAGCCUGCACGGUACGAGAGGAGGCAGAGUGGCGUGGAUACCUCACAAGCAGCGCCAAAGAUGAAGACGAAGGCGCAAUGGAUGCAUACACUACUUUGGCGUUAGAUAUUAAAGGCUUUGGAUCCGUUUUUGGAAAACCAGGAUCGGUUGCGCGGCGCAUCUCGAUUCAUCGCGCUACUACGCUUGGUGCGAGAUUGCCGCACAAUCAAGUCAUUUUGAAGAAUACAAGUGUCAAGGACAGCGCUUCGCCUGCACUGCCUAUUAAUCGUUCCCAAUCUCUGCUUUCGACGCAGAGGACGCCGGUUCUCGCACCCGAUCGCAGCGAACGAGCCCGACUCGAGGCGCUGGUGUCGGAUGUCUGGAGCCGCUAG